GAGAAGAUGGACAGCAAAAAGUUGGAAGAACUACGCCAAUUCUCCGCUGCCAAGAUGAGCGAGAAGUGGCUUCCACAAUGUAUUUUGUUCAUGAAGGAUAUCCCCAAAGGGUCCACUGGCAAACCUGCGCGCAUCGGACUCGCCAAGAGAAUGAAGCUGGAAGCGUUGGACAUCAACAAGUCGCAGGUGACCAGCUGGGAUGCCACCUCCGGUCUAGCAUUCCCGAUUGAGUCUUCCUCACCAACACCCACCAAAACAGCAUUGGAUUCUUUGGGGAAGGCCCGUGAUGUAAACGACACCAAGAUCCAGGAACUUGCCCUCCUCGAGACCAUGUAUGGUUUUGCAAUCGUUCUGGUCACUUUUGCCCAUGCAUUGAUGGAAGUGUAUGAAUCAUCGGCAGGGGAGCUUCCGGAUUAUGCAUCGCCAUUCCGGCCUGAGCAAGACACGUGGCAAUUGGGCCAUUUGAUGGCAGUCAACAUGAAGCCAGUGGCGCUCUUCCUGCUUUGCUAUGGCUAUCUGGAGUCCCAGCACCGAAACUUUGUGUUCGGAGGCUUUGAGCGUGAAACCCUUCUUUUUCUGGUUCUCAUGUUCCAAGAGCUUUUCCUAUCUUUGUUCAUCAUUUUUUGGGAAGUGCUCACGGCCCGAACAGCGCCCUCUGGCUACACUGGUGUGACAAAGCGGGAGUUUUCAGCAGCACUGAGCUAUGAUUUUUUGGCUUUGCACGCGCCGAUGUACUCCAACUUGAGUUGGUUUAUCCUAUUUAUUUUCGUUGGUCGAAUCUUGCUGGUUUUGAGCCACAAGAUUGGAGUGCCGGGAUGGGUGCAACUAGCAGCCUUCACUGUGGCUUCAGUAGUGCUUCCAUUUCGGGGAGAUCAAGAAAAGCGCCUGAGCCCGGGUGCAAUGUCUACAGAAUAUACACUCAUGCUGGUUGGCGCCUACGUAGCCCCUGCCGCUGUAAAGGCUUUCUCUAUGCACUGGAGCUCUACAUCCUCAUUUGGGCGCAUUCUUAUGCGAUGCCUAUCACUAGCAUACAUCAUCGCAAGUGUCAGGCCGCCGAUCGCAUGCAGUUUCAGCGAUGCAUCCCGGAGCCCGUGUCGUGAGACACGUUGGGGGAUGGUAUUUUGCAUGCCUUUGGCUGUGCUGCAGCAAGCUUUAUGGGUUGGUGCCGUGGCCGUCCUGUUUGCACCUAAGGUUCGAUUCUUGGAGAUUCUGGGUGGCUACACCUUGGGUGCCUACCUUUUCAAUCGUGCGACCUUUGUGUUUUUGCGAGAUUAUGGAAUUGAGAUCUAUGGAAUCAACAUUGUGCCGAGCUUGGCGACCUUUGGCAGAGCUUUUACCAACCCAGGGCAAAUUGGUUUGACCAUCGGCUACCUGGUGCUUUUUCUGGGCGCUUGUUACGUGACCAACUUAGUCACUGGCAUCAUUUGUCACAGCUUUGCAGGCAAUCUUAUGAGGAAUUCGGUUGCGGCGUCCAAGUUGUUCAAAGCUGUGCAGCUCAAAAAAUGAUUCGCAAGCCAGCGCAAGAGAAGCUUGUGCAAUUCACGCCUGGUGCAGCGUAGAAAUGGCAGAAAGAGGUGUUGAAACCCAGGUUUCAGCAGAAGUUUGGGGCACCACUGCAAGGGAAUUGCUUUUGUGAUCUUUUGUGUGCAUUGGGGUCCGGAGGGGGUUGAAGCUUUGUGGCUCUUUGUGGCUCGGGCUCCAUUUAAAUUUUCC